GUCAGGUGAAGCGUCGCCCCUCCUCCGGUCAGUUGGUUACCAGGCAGCGGAGAGCCCGCAUGCAGUGACCGGCCGGAGACAUGAUCCGCCAUGACGGCAGGCGGCCCGCGGCCAGGAAGUCCUCACUGGACGGACUCUACUGGGAGGACAGACCGCACCCCGCCAGACCCGGCCACAGCCUGAGAGCCGGCACCGAGAGCGAGGUGUACGAUGACGGCACCAACACCUUCUUCUGGAGAGCUCACACAUUAACUGUACUCUUUAUUCUCACGUGUUCCCUGGGAUAUGUCACCUUGCUCGAAGAAACGCCUCAAGACACGACGUACAAUGCAAAAAGGGGUAUUGUUGCCAGCAUAUUGGUAUUCUUGUGUUUUGGGGUGACACAGGCAAAAGAUGGGCCAUUUUCAAGACCUCAUCCAGCUUAUUGGCGGUUUUGGCUCUGCGUCAGUGUGGUUUAUGAACUGUUCCUCAUUUUCAUUCUGUUCCAGACUGUUCAUGAUGGGCGACAGUUCAUGAAAUUUAUUGAUCCCAAAUUGGGUGUCCCUCUGCCUGAAAGAGAUUAUGGUGGAAAUUGUCUCAUUUAUGAUCCUGGAAAUCAAACUGAUCCUUUUCACAACCUAUGGGAUAAGAUGGAUGGCUUUGUUCCUGCCCAUUUUCUCGGGUGGUAUAUAAAAACACUAGUGAUCAGAGACUGGUGGAUGUGUAUGAUGAUCAGUGUGAUGUUUGAAUUCCUGGAAUAUAGCCUGGAGCAUCAGCUUCCGAAUUUCAGUGAAUGCUGGUGGGAUCAUUGGAUAAUGGAUGUGCUGGUCUGUAAUGGCAUGGGAAUUUAUUGCGGAAUGAAGACCCUAAAAUGGCUUUCAAUGAAACCUUACCAAUGGCAGGGCCUUUGGAAUAUCCCUACAUACAGGGGUAAGAUGAAAAGAAUAGCAUUCCAGUUCACACCUUAUAGCUGGGUCAAGUUUGAAUGGAAGCCUGCAUCGAAUUUGCGAAGGUGGUUAGCAGUCUGUGGCAUCAUAUUUGUGUUUUUAUUGGCAGAGCUCAACACAUUUUACCUCAAAUUUGUCCUGUGGAUGCCCCCAGAACACUAUUUGGUCUUGUUAAGACUUGUCUUCUUCGUCAAUGUGGGAGGUGUGGCCAUGAGAGAAAUCUACGAUUUCAUGGAUGACUCGCAGAUCCAUAAAAAGCUGGGCCAACAGGCAUGGAUGGUGGCCGCUAUAACGGUGACAGAGUUCCUGAUUGUCGCAAAGUAUGACCCACACACCUUAACGUUACCGUUACCCUUUUAUGUUGCACAAUGCUGGAUCCUUGGAAUAGUUAUUGUGUUGACCUGGACAGCGUGGCGGUUUUUCAUCAGAGAUAUCACUCUGCGUUAUAAAGAAAUCCGGAGGCAGAAACAGGAAUACAAGAAUGAAGAAGAAAAACAGAGGAACGGAGAAGCAACGUCAGAACGGAAUACUUCCAAGCAGAAAAAGCUAUGAUUUCAAAACAAACAGUCUACCCUCAAAGACCACCGUUACUGAACAAGAAUUGUACUUUUUAUAUUUUAAUGUAUUGAUACUUCUGCUAUUUAAUAUUGAAUUACCGAAACCUCAUGUUUGGUUCUUUUUUUUUUUUUUUUUCCCCUGUGGAAUAGAUACCAGAAUGUUAGAGGUCAAACUUGCAGAUUUUUAAUUUUUUAGUGUAAAAGCAGAGCUGCAUCUUUUCAUUUUGCAGCCAGCGUCUAAUGAAGAUGUACAUUUGCUGUUUUAAAUGUAGCAAAGGUUUUUCAAGCUGUAACUAGUGGAGUUAUGUAUUUUUGUUGGAUAUUUCAGAAAAUUGUUGAUCGUUUGAAAUUUUUAUGAGAGUUCACUUCUGUUGAAAAGGAGGAUUUUACUUUACUAAAUUGUAUCAUAAUUUCGAGGCAUUUGUAUGUUCUAUAAGUGGGUGCCUAACAAACUGCUAAAUGUACAAAAUAAUUAUUCGUAUGCAAAAUCUUAAAUUUACUGGUGGUAAAUUAGGAUCUUAUAAAGCGAGGAAAGAUGAUACACUUUUGAUAGCAUCGGUUUGUGUACUUUUGUCACUAUUUGCACAGCAGUUACGUAAUCUGUGUGUAUGCUUAGAAUGGGUUACAAGUUCUGCAUUGAGAAUGCCUGUCACAAUAAAUCCUAUAGUGCAGCCCUCCUGCUUCCACUCUGUAAGCACCCCAAUUUAAGGGGCCGUAAAGUCUCAUUUACUUCUGGGAGCUUUAGGUAAACCUUCUGGUGCUGAUCUGAGGCUGCUGGGGUUCUGAACAAUUAGAUUAAUUGUUGCAUGAAAUAUAAUGUACUGAAAGAGAUACAGCAUAUGAAUAAAUAUAAUCUGUAGCUCCCCCGCUCCUCCCGUGCUGCUACAACAAAAUAGGAUUCCAGGGGAGAGACCCUGUUUUAUCCUUCAUAGAUUUUCAGGAGAUGCCAUUGUAUGUGCUGUUUUGAACAAUGGCAGAUCGGGAACCACAGGCAUAAGCUACUCUCAUAGACCUUUCCAUUGAAUAGUAAUGUGAAUUAAAUGCCAACACAGCCACCAUGAGUUUUACAAAGUUUGUCUUUUAUGAAAAACUCAAGUGAUCGGGCUCCUUUAAAGCUCUCAUUGUUCUGAUGCAUUGCGGAGCGUUAAUAUUCUCCAUGUUUUGGUUUCUGAGGAGCUAGAAUGCCAAUACGAACAGUUUAGUAUAUGGUAAUAAGUUUGAAGGAUAGCGAUCACCAACAAUAACUUUACAGAAAAUGGAUCCUUGUCCCGUGUUUCGAAAGAUACCAUGAAAACGUCUAAACAAAGUAUAUUGAUCGUCGUCCAGAAUCAUCAUCUAACUGACUGCUUUAUGGGAAGUGGAUCAAUGUAACUCUGUCUCCCUCUGGAUUGCAUAACCGUAUAAUUCUGCCCUUCCAGCAUUCGGCUCUCUACCUCACCUCCUCCAAGAACAUGCAUUGCCUACCACACUAAUAGACUCUGCCUGUCUCGGCUACUCUGCCUCUCUGUUCCACCUCCAGUUACAACCCUCAUAUUCCGCCCAUCGUUAUACAUUGUCUCUGUAACAGACUUCAUUGAACUGAUGACAACUGCUGUUUGGCUGACUAGUCCCAUAACGAUCAGUUAGAUAUGGGUUAGGACUGAAGAAUUGAUUGAAUUCUCAUACAAUGUUUGAAAACCCAGGACUUGGAUUCAUUUUCUGUAAAGUUAUUUUUUGGUGCUGGAAUUGCCCUUAAUGCAUUAAAAGGGUUCGUUAAUAAUAUAUUAGUACUGUCCCUUUCUAUUUAAGGUAAGACUUUGACUCAGUAGUGUUAAUUAGAUCCACCAUUUUUUCUGAAUCAAUUAACCAGUCCGAGAUCCCAUCAUUGACUAAUGAGUUUGCUACUAGCUAUAAGGUUGCCCUUUUAAUACGCUAUGUGUCAAUGUUUAUACACGAUAUACAUCCUGGAAUACGCUGGCCCUUGUUACUGGUGUUUCAUUCAGAAGUGGAAUUCAUUACCUUUAAUUAUUCCUGAUGCAAAACCUGAUCCUUUUAUGAUUUGGGAUUUAAUUUUAAAGUGUACCUGUCCUGGUAAUACAAGUUUAUGUAAAAUUUGAACCACAUAAGAUGUCAGCUAAAUAUUCCGUGAUCAGAAUCACUAGUCAAUAUAUAGAUUUGAUGAUCUGUUUAGAAGUGUCCCCAAUUUUCUGCAUAGAUCCAUAUACCAACAACUGAGUGACAUGAGCAGAACACACUCCCAAGUGGCGCUGCUCUGUCACCUCAACCAAAACACUUGCAACGAGUUUUUGUUUGUCCUGGUGUGUGCUAGAACAUUAUAUUAUGGUUUUUCUUUAACAUUAUAUGGAUUUACUCUAUUAUAGCCCUAUAAUGGAACCAGUGUGUUGGAAUUAAAGGGGCAGGAACAACCGUGAAGGUAGGCAGGAUCAGGGUGUCUGUGAGUUUUACAGUAACACACACACUGGGUUUCGGCAGUGCUGGUACUGCUGGGGAAGAGGUAACCAACCAUUUGUUGUCUCAUUAAUCAAUUAAUUUGUCACUACGAUAAAUUACAUAUUCGCUGUAUACGUUGAUGUCCUUGUAUGUUAAGACUGUGUCACUACCCAACACCAAACCAUGUACAAUCUCAGGGUCAUAGUGACAGGUUUAUUUAUUGAAGAGCUGUUGCGGUCACGGAUACAGGGUCUGAGUUUGUUGGGUGAUUCUAAGAACCUAUGUUGCAGCUUAUACCUUGUAAUGGGGGUUUAAAGCACUGACUUAACUAGGUUAGUUAUCAUCUACAAGGUGUGUACACCUUACACUGACCUGCUAAUCCCAUACCUAUUACAUCUCACCUUUAUAUUCUUAUCAGAUAAUUCUGUAAGAGAAAUUGGCCAGGGGCAUUUACAUGUAAAAUUAUAAAUUGAACAAUUGGAUUCAUUAAGACUAUUUUUUAAUGUCUUCUCACUUAAAAAAUAAAAUCCCUGAUCUUCCCUGAAUUCUUUCCCCAAUCCGGUGCAACUCGUGCUGCUAGAAAAAAUGUAUUUUUAUUGGAAACUGUGCAAUCAAUCAUUGUUUGCAAAAACUGUUCCAACCUCUGUUAAUAAUCUGAUUGUUACACAAUCCUCCAACCUCUCUUUAAUUUGUCUUAUGCAAGUAAAAUGAUGGCCUUGAAGUCUUUGAAUAAAGAAAACUGACCUUACGGGCUGCACCCAGCAAACAUACUUCCUCUUUACAAACCCAUGUGACAAGGCACAGGUCAUCACAUAUUAGACCUCUGGCUGUCCAUGCGCGUCUAUAAUCCUUUCACAGCCACAACCGACCGAAGUCGUAGGUGGCUGGUAAGGGUACAAGGAAGCAUACUAACAGUGGUUCCCAACCCAGGCCUCAAGUACCCCCUAACAGUCAAGAAGUUGGGGAUUACCCAGCUAUGUUUUGUUUUUAGAAAAAACAUGUUGGACACAACAAGGUCAUCUCUAAAUCAUGGAUUGAUAGGGGGUACUUAAGGACUGGGUUGGGAACCCCUGCUCUGACAAGUUGUACUAAAAAAAAAAAAAAAAACCUUCCUGUAAAUGCAUAAAUAUCAGAUUAUUGUUAAAAUAGAUCAUAUUACCCAGCGGUCCCAGAUCUGGUGACCGUUCUGAAUCAUAACUAUGGUGUCAACACAAAAUAGAAUCCACAAGGUACAGCGCAAAUGUGUCAUAGAACAUGCUAGUGGUUAUUUAGCUCAUAUCUGCAUAUACGAGGGCAAUUCAUCAAUGCUGCAUUCAUAGGGCACCAACAUUCGCUUUAAUUGCCAGCUGUCUAGUUUCUCACAGCUGAAUUUAUUAGAAAAGCCCCUGGUGGGUCAUAUCCAUCCCACAGCGCUCAUGUCAGACAGUAAUGGUCGAAAACUACAAUACGUUUUGCAAAACAAGACAGUUCAGUUUAUAUUUACUGGCAUGAUGGAAUAAUUUCUUCUAAGGCAAUAACAAAAUAAAAAAAAAACAAUCAGUCAAAAAGUCCUGGGAGGGAGGGUGGAAAUACUAUUUGUCAUAUGUAUUUAUGCUUCGUUUUAAAUUGGCUCUCAAAGCACCAUAGCCAUUACAAUAUGUUGUAGUUUUUAUGGUGUUCUUUAAAUAUUACUGCAUUUCUUUUGGCUGUUGCCCAGCAGCUGGGUUACACACUUUUCUGAACCUUCCCAUGUUUGUAUUUGUUAAGGGUUGUAUGUUUUUUGAACCAACAUCGAGGAUGCUACUAAUAAUACUUGAUUAACACUAACAUUAGCCAUACAAGAUAAGCAGCGAUAAUAACUAAACUGUGAAGUUGUGGCCAUGGAGCAGGGAAUUGCAAUUUUAUUUCAAAGUAGCCAAGUUCGGGGGAAAAAUAUGGAGUGGAGUAAAAUUUACAAUUUUGAGUAUUUAUGGCCUAGAAUUUGUAAAUUCCGUGGUCCAUUUCGGAGAGGAUAAUCCCAUUUUAGUGGAUUUACUAAAAGUUCUAAAUGUAGAUCAAUCCCAAUUUGAGGUUUCAGCUGAUUGAUCCAGCUUUAGAACGUGGCUCUAGAAAGACUCUCAAGGUCCUAGACCUAGAGCUUCAUCAUUCGGAACAUUAACAGAGUAGGCCAUUAAGACACUAGACUUAUUCGUUUCAGCCGAUUAGUCCAAAUCAAAAAUCCUUGUAAUCCUCAACCAAAAAAAAUCUAAUCGCCUAGGAUGAUUUCACUGGUAAAUCCCAGAUUAAUCUCUUCGUUUGGGUGCUGAGUUAAAAGGAUUUUGAUUCUUUAAAAAAAACCCGGCUAAAACGCAUUUUCGUACAAGUCUAUAACACUAAGAGAAUGUCUUAAUUCUAAGAGAUAUUGAUUAAUAAAUAGUGAGAUUAGAACACUGGAGAUAGGACGUUUUGCCAUGAAGUGGCAUGUUUUGUAGUUUUCUGCUACCCUUCCACGAUUCUUUCUAAAUGUAUAGAGUUUUUUGGCAUUUGAAGACUGUACAGGAGUAAACAUGGAACGUCAAAAUGCAUUCUUGCGCUUGCUGAAGCACAACUACCUCGGAAUGUUUAUUAAAGCAGGAUCAAUGGGUCAGUGUGCUUGUUUCUCUCUUCUCAGCACCGAGACCCGAGUAUACUAGACCAGGUUACCUUGUCACCCACCAAGUCUUGGAAUAUUUCAGAUCUAAUGCAUGUUUCAGGCUGUAUUGGAUGGAAGAUCAGCUUGAUGUAUGUAUUUUAUUAUAGCGCCAUAAAUAAAGUGGCAAAUACGCUCCAUUAACAUUCCUUCAAUAACACAGGCCCCAACCCAUCCUCUCCCCCCACCAAAAAAUAUGUUGUUUGUCUUUUGAUAAGAUGGUUGAGGAUGCUACGCAAUGUGUGGCCCAAACAUUCUAAUGAAAUUCUUAUGGCAGAGGCGGCACUUGUUUCUGAUAUGCUUUAAUUUGAUUUGCUAAUGUUUUCUAAUGAAGAGUUGUUGUUGGUAAAUGUUUCUACUGAGUAACUCUCUGUGCUUUGCAGCCAUGGCACAUGGUGGUGAAGCAAAUUAAAAGACGUUUGUUGGGAA